CAUAUAGUAUAGCGCUGCAUGAUGGUAGUACUUGUCCGUUCAAGUAGUAUCUAUGUAUAAUAGAUAUGAUACAUACAUAAAUAUAAAGUAAAUAAAGUAAACUGGUUGAAAAACAAAAAAAUUAUAUUUUAUUUUCCCUAAGAAAAAAAUAAAAAAAAAUAAUUACAAGCCCGUAGACCUGCGGAAAUUGCGGAGAACGGAGACGACGAUAUUCAUAUAAACGACGGAAAUCUUGUUGUAUUUAUAAGAACUAGUAGUGUCAUUCGUGCAGUAUCUUGUAUCGAAGCGUAUACUCCUGACAAAUAAAUAUGUUUAGCCGAAUAUUUAUGACUGUGUCAUUAUUAAUAUUAUUAAUAACGAUUACAAAAGUUGAUUCUUGUGAAAAAGGGGAAGAUGGACAUUGUAUGGUGAAUGAUGGUCCUAUGGAUGAUGAUAUAAAAAAAUCAGAUUCAUUAUUUAAUCAAAUGGUAGAUUGGGAAAAAGCUGAAAAUAUAUAUCAAUUUUACGCAACGGAUAUACAUGGAAAAAAUGUAUCUUUAGAUAAAUACCGUGGACAUGUUUUGAUAAUAAUAAAUGUUGCUAGUGAAUGUGGCUUAACGGAAAUAAAUUACAAACAAUUAGUGGAAUUACAUGAAAAGUAUGGAAAAAGUAAAGGACUUGAAAUUUUAGCAUUUCCUUCAAAUCAAUUUGCUGGUCAAGAACCAGGAACUUCUGAAGAAAUUUACAAAUUCGCUACCGAACGUUUUAAUGUUAAAUUUGAUAUAUUUGAAAAAAUUAAUGUAAAUGGACCCGACGCUCAUCCUCUUUGGAAAUGGUUAAAAACUCAAGGAAAGGGAUUUAUCACUGAUAAUAUUAAAUGGAAUUUUACUAAAUUUAUUAUUAAUAAACAAGGAAAAGUUGUAUCUCGUUCAUCUCCUACAGUUAAACCUCUCGAUCUCGAAGAUGAAUUGAUAAAAUUAUUUUAAUUUUCAAUACGUACAAUUAAACUGACUCAUAAAAUUUUGUAGAGAUUUAUAGAAUACAUUUACUUUAUAUAAUCAAAAUACAGUACAUACUUAUA